UUAGAUUUCAAAGCAAAGAGGUCAAAGCAAACUAAACCCAUCGAUUUAAUGGUUUCAAAAAAUGUAGGACAGGCUUUCUGAACAUUCUUAUCAUCGAGGAACCCUUGACUUAAAUGUCUGGUCCCAGGGAACCCUUGCUAAUAAUUACUUUAUCCACAGUUCACAGCAGGGGCGGACUGACCAUUUGGAAACUCAGGCACUGCCCGGGGUCAGUAGGGGACCCUAUGAGAUGCCCCUGGUACCUUUUUCAUAGGCUUUUUUGAGUUUGGGCAAGAACACAGGGGCACCAUGAUCCCCUAUUGCCCGGGGGCCCCAU